AUGAAGUACACUGCCAUCCUCGCCCUUGCUGGCGUCUCCUCCGCCGCUGUCACCAAAACUCUCCCCAAGUCCGCUGGUGCUACCUCAUUCCCUACUGCUGUUCCUGUCAAGGGCAGCUAUGAUGGUGGCAUGAAGCGAUUCGAGCGCAGCCCCUCUGUUUGCCAAGGCCAGACUGAAACUGGUGAAAAGGAUGCUAUGUUCAUUCUCGAGAACGGCGCCACUCUUUCCAACGUGAUCAUCGGCGCUUCUCAGGCCGAAGGUGUCCACUGCAAGGGUACUUGCACCCUGAACAACGUCUGGUGGGCCGACGUCUGUGAGGAUGCCAUCACCCUCAAGCAGACCAGUGGAACUUCCUACAUCAACGGCGGCGGUGCUUUCCAUGCUAGCGACAAGAUCGUCCAGUUCAACGGCCGCGGAACCGUCCAGAUCAAGGAUUUCUACGCCGAGGACUACGGAAAGCUCGUCCGCAGCUGCGGAAACUGCAAGGAUAACGGAGGUCCUCGAAACGUUGUCAUCCAGGGCUCUGUUGCCGUCAACGGUGGUGUUCUCUGCGGCAUUAACACCAACUACGGAGACACCUGCAAGAUCACCAGCUCGUGCCAGAACAAGGGCAAGUACUGUGACCGCUACGAGGGCAACUCGAGCGGCGCUGAGCCAUCCAAGAUUGGAUCUGGCCCUGACGGCAAGUACUGCACUACUUCUGGAGUCACCACGAGCUGCUAGACGAUUGAUGAAAUGUUAUGAGAGA